AUGGCGCUCCGCGGGCUCCUCGCCGCGCUCUUCUUCGGCGGGGCGCCGGGCGCCGCGGCGCUGCCGAGGCCCCGCCCGCAGGAGCCGCGGCGCCUGGCCGCGCGGGCGGCGGAGGAGAACCCGCUGCCCGACCCGGCGCCCGCGGACUUGUCGAGCUGGGCCGACGGGCCGAAGGCCGCGGAGGCCAGCGAGCUCGUCGCCGCCAGCAUCCGGAGCCUGGUGGGCGACCAUAACCUGACCAUCGCCGCCUUCGACCGCUGGGCGGACCAGACGGUGUCCGGCCACCUCCUCUCUGGGGAGGGCUGGGAGACCGAGCACACCAGGAGCCUCUGCAGCACCUUCCGGGACGUGGGCGGCGGCGUGGGCAACUUCCUCGACGUUGGCGCGAACAUCGGCACCUUCACCAUCCCGAUGGCGGACUGCCUCGCUCACGUGCAGACUGCCGCGCUCGAGGAGGGGAGCACGGGAAGAGUGAUCGCCGUGGAGGGGAUGCCACCUACCGCUGACCACCUCGUGGUGGGAAUCCUUGCCAACAGGCUGCAUAACGUGGACGUGUACACCUACGCAGUAGGCGGACCGCACGAUCCGAGGCGCGUGACCAUGUCUCUCAACCCCGUGAACAAGGGUGGCUCUGCCGUGAAGGGCAACAAGCCGUUCACAAACAUGAGCGACGAUGAGUUGCAGGAUCUCUUCCACCCGAACAAGAAAUCCCGGCAGUUCGCGAAGAAGGUCGAGGUGAAGGAUUUCAGCGUGGAGCUUACCACUGGCGACCGCAUGCUCCAUGGAAACCCGGCGAUGAAGGCCAUCAUGGUCGCGAAGGUCGACAUCGAGGGUCACGAGGGCCACUUCCUCCAGGGCUCUCAGCUUCUCUUCUCCAAGUUUCCCCCGUGCUUCAUGACCAUCGAGCUGAUCCCAGAGUGGCUGGAGCGCGCUGGCACCCCAGUGCAGGGGAUUCUCGAUCUCCUGGAGAGCUGGGGCUACAAGCAUGUCCCCACCGUCGAGCAGCUCAGCCAGGGCACCGUCGAAUCCAAGACCCGCACGGUCGAGCAGCGCGACAUGGCCAAAUGCUUGCAGCGCGUUAGGUCGUACGCUGCUCAGCGGUGA